UUAGUAAUGGUAUAUGACUUCAGGGUAUUUCAACACGUGUUCUCCUUCUGCUAUUGUUUACAAAAUAGUUUAUUGUUAUUUUUUUAAAAAAUAAUGUGCAACAAUGUCUCGUUUAAUUGUAAAGAAUUUACCGAAAUCUGUGACGGAAGAUAAAUUAAAAGAACAUUUUACUAAAAAGGGUAAUAUUACUGAUGUUCAACUUAAAUAUACAAAGGAGGGAGUGUUUCGUAGAUUUUGUUUUAUUGGUUACAAAACCGAAGAAGAGGCUCAAAAUGCUGUUGACUAUUUUAAUCAAACUUACAUUGACACGUCGAAAAUUUCUGUUGAAUUAUGUGCCAAGCUGGGCGAUUCUUUGAAACCUAAAUCUUGGAGUAAAUAUGCAAUAGACAGUUCGGCGCAUGAGAAAAUUACAGGUAAAACUAUUAAAACAGAAGAAGAAUCUCCGGUUAAAAAGGAAAAAGAAAAGAAGAAGAAGGAAAUAAAUAGGGAAAUUAAGGAGAUAAUUGAAAAGCACAAGGACGAUCCUUUAUUCAACGAAUUUUUAGAGAGUCAUGCCGGUAAAACAGCUCAACAAGUUUGGAGUAAUGAGGCACAAAAAUUGAUCAAGGAAGAAUGCGAGGAUGACGAAAGUGACAGUGAAACUGAAAAAGUUGAUACAAAACAAAUUGAAGACAAAGAAACGGAGAAAAAACUUGAUUUUGAGGUUUUCGGAGCAUUGAAAAAGGAGAAGGAACCAAAGAAACAAGUAGUUAAAUUUUUCACGGUUAAAAUACGCGGUCUGGGUUUUAAUCACAAAAAGAAGGAUUUAAAACAAUUCUUCAAACCCUUGAAACCAAAAUCGAUACGUGUGCCUCAAAAAAUUAAAGGCAUUGCUUACGUUGGCUUUAAAACUGAAAAGCACAUGAAACAAGCUCUGAGCAAGCACAAAAGCUUUUUAGAUGGAAAACAAAUAUUCGUAGCUAAAUACGAACAAAAUGACAAUCAAACGGAUAAUGAAGAUAAAAGUAAGGAUAUCAAAUGGAAAAAACAGGCUGAAGCUCUUGCUGAUGAAGAGACAAUUGCUGAAUCAGGAAGGAUGUUUCUCAGAAAUUUGGCUUAUACAACAACUGAAGAUGAUGUCACGAAACUUUUUGAGAAAUACGGACCAUUGACCGAAGUAAAUUUACCAGUGGACAGAAUAACUAGAAAACCCAAAGGCUUUGGAACUGUAACUUUUAUGAUGCCAGAACACGCAGUGAAAGCCUAUACAGAAUUAGAUGGUUCAAUAUUAAAUGGUAGAAUGUUACACAUUCUGCCUGGAAAAUCGAAAAUUACAGCCGAAGACUUGCUUCAAAAUGAAAAUCUAAGCUACAAGGACAAGAAAGCUUUGAAAGAAAAGGCCACCGCUGGUUCAUCCCAUAAUUGGAAUACUCUCUUCUUGGGAACUGAUGCCGUUGCUGAAGCAAUGGCUGCAACUUACAACACAACAAAAGAAAAAAUUCUUGAAGAUGAAUCAAAGGGAAUAAGUACAGCAGUUCGUCUCGCUUUGGGAGAAACUCAAAUAGUGGAGAUGACAAAAAAAUUUUUAGAAGAGAACGGCGUUUGUAUAGAUGCAUUUAAUCAGCCACCAACAAAAAGAUCAAAGACUGUGAUACUUGUGAAGAAUUUACCAGGAAAAACAAGUCAAAAUGAGAUUUUAGAAAUGUUCUCGAAACACGGCGAAGUUGGUCGUGUUAUUUUACCACCUGCAGGAAUCACUGCGAUAGUGGAAUUUUUCGAACCAUCGGAAGCUCGAAUAGCAUUUACAAGAUUGGCUUACACGAAAUUUAAAAGUUUACCGCUUUAUUUGGAGUGGGCGCCCGACAAUAGUUUUGCCAAUGAUUUGAAGAAACUUGACUCCUCUUCGAAUGCAGCGAAACAAAAUAAAUCCAAAGAAGAUGAUAAGAAGCAGGUGCAAAAUGAAAUUGGAAAUGCGAAAGAGGAGAAGAAAAAUAAUGACGAUGAUGAAGAUGAAGAUGACGAUGAACCAGAACCUGAUACCACAUUAUUUGUUAAAAAUUUGAAUUUUUCAACGAUUGACGAGGAUUUGAAAAACCACUUUAAACGUUGCGGUCCACUUCAUUACGCGACGGUCGCCACAAAAAAAGAUCCAAAAAAUCCUUCUGCAAAAUUAUCAAUGGGCUAUGGUUUUGUCAGAUAUAAAUAUAAAGUUCAUGCUGAACGUGCUUUGAAGGAGUUGCAAAUGACGGACUUGGAUGGAAAGACAAUUGAAUUAAAGAGAUCCGAAAGAACAUUACAAUCCGAUCUGCAGGUAACGAAGAAAAAUGCAAAUAUCACUCAGCAAACAGGAACUAAAAUUUUAGUGAGAAAUAUUCCCUUUCAAGCGAAUGCUAACGAAGUUACACAGCUAUUCAAAGUAUUUGGCGAUUUGAAAGCUGUGAGACUGCCAAAAAAAUUAGUUGGCGAUGAAAAACAUCGUGGAUUUGCUUUCGUUGAAUAUUCCACAAAGAAAGAUGCUAAAGCGGCGUUUAAAGCUUUGUGUCAAAGUACACAUUUGUACGGACGGCGUUUAGUUCUGGAAUGGGCACAAAAAGAAGAAGCUAUCGACGAUAUCAGAAAACGAACAGCUAGAAGUUUCCAUGAAGAAAAAUCGAGUAAGCGCUCAAGAAAAGCUGUAGUAGAUGUUGAAGCAAUGGGUCUUGAGGAGAAACACGAAGAAGAAGAAGGAGAAUAAUAAUUUUUUCAUUUUUACAAGUUAGAAAACUUAGAAGAUCAAAAAACAAAAAGAAGGUACUGAAAAGAUAUUCUCUAUCUAAUGAAUAAAAAUAGUAUUUAUUUAA